GACAGACGGACACUAAGACUCACCUUCAAACUAAAUUAAAACCUGGAACCUGGAGAGGAACGACAUCAGAGACUCCAAACACUGAAAAUAAAAGAUGUCUUCAAGGUCAGAGGAGGAUCUCUGCUGUCCCGUCUGCUGUCAGGUCUUCAAAGAUCCUGUUCUUCUGUCGUGUGGUCACAGCUUCUGUAAAGACUGUGGGAGAAGAUGGUGGAGGGACAAACAAAGAAAUGAGUGUCCAUUCUGUAAGAGAAGAUCAUCAAGAGAAGAUCCUCCUUGUAACUUUACUUUAAAGAACUGUGAGUCCUUCAAGGAGCAGGACAGAAGGUCUACAUCAGGAUCUGAGUCUGUCUGCAGUUUGCACUCUGAGAGACUCAAACUCUUCUGUUUGGACCAUCAGCAGCCAGUUUGUCUCAUCUGUCAAGACUCACAAAUCCACAAAGGUCACAAAUUCAGUCCCAUCAAUGAAGCUGCUCAGGAUCUGAAAGAGGAGCUUCAGGAAUCUCUGAAACCUUUACAGGAGAAACUGAAGCUCACUGAGGAAGUUAAAGGAAAGUUUGUCCAAACAGCAGAACACAUUAAGGUCCAGGCCCGACUCACAGAGAGGCAGAUUAAGGAGCAGUUUGAGAAGCUUCAUCAGUUCCUGAAAGAGGAAGAGGAGGUCAGGAUGGCUGCUCUGAAGGAGGAAGAGGAGCAGAAGAGUCAGAAGAUGAAGGAGAAGAUUGAGGCUCUGAGCAGAGAGACGGCAGCUCUUUCAGACACCAUCAGAACCACAGAAGAAGAGCUGAGAGCUGAAGACGCCUCAUUCCUGCUCAACUACAAGACUGCAGUGGAAAGAGUCCAGCAGCGCCCCCUGCUGGAUCAUCCAAAGCUGCACUCAGGAGCUCUGAUAGAUGUGGCCAAACAUCUGGGCAACCUGACCUUCAACAUCUGGAACAAGAUGAAGGAGAUGGUCUCCUACACUCCUGUGGUUCUGGAUCCAAACUCUGCUCAUCAAGAACUGAUCCUGUCUGAAGAUCUGACCAGUGUGAGAUGUGAACCAAGACAGAAGCUUCCAGAAAACCCAGAGAGGUUUGACUGCUAUGCAUCUGUCCUCAGUUCUGAGGGCUUUAAUGCUGGAACUCACAGCUGGACUGUGGAGCUCAGAGACCAGACAGACUGGACAGUGGGAGUGAUGACUGAGUCUGACCAGAGGAAGGGAGAAGAACUGUCAGAAUGUUGGGGAGUUUGGUUGUUUAAAGGUGAAUAUGCAGCAUUCUCCUCAUCAUCAGGUUCCUCCUCUGUUCUCUCAGUGACAAAGCUCAAGAGGAUCAGAGUUGAUCUGGAUUGGAACAGAGGAAAACUGUGGUUCUCUGAUCCAGAUUCUAACACACACAUUCACACAUUCACACACACUUUCACUCACACACUGUUUCCUUACAUUUACACAUUAAGUUCUGAACCUGUGAAGAUUUUACCCGUAAAAAUCUCUGUGAGAACAGAACAGGAAAGUUUGACAUGAAGAAAAUGAUGAUUUU